AUGAUCUUUGUGUUAAAACUUCCACGUUGGCAAACAUGACUUCUACCUUUACCAUAACCGCCCUUCCUUCGACCGAUAUAUGGCGAAAACCCCCUUCUACAAACAGGUCUGUUAUUUUGUCGCACGUCCAGCUACAUUGCUAUCUCAUCUGUCAAUUGUUAUCUCAUCUGUCAAUUGCUUUUCCGUCAGCUUCAACGCACCCACCUACGCCCUUCUACCUGGUGCAAUCCCAUUGAAGGCGUUCCACAGGGCACGAAUUACUUUCAGUGGUGUUUGGACAACACGUUAUGACCAAGGCGGGCUAUUGCUACAUCUAACACGAACAGGCUCUACCGAUCGCUGGCUCAAAACUGGCGUGGAAUUUUAUCAAGAUAAGGUCUACCUCAGUACAGUAUCUACCCUUACCUAUUCGGACUGGAGUAUAACCCCUCCUACGACGGGAGAUAAUGCGAAGUCAACUACCAUCGAAGUUCGUCGUGAGGUCGACGAACUGGGAAGUAGUCUAUGGGUGUACGAACUGGUUCUUGGAGACUCUGGCGAAGUGCUAGAGAGGCAACCUUUAAGAGAAGUGACAUGGUUCCUUGCGGAGGAAGAUGGAUGGGAGGUCAGUGUGAGCGCUAUGGCUGCGAGACCGGCGAAAGAGGAAAGUGUCGUGGGCACGAAGGAGCUGGUGGUUAAGUUCGAAGGUGCGGAAGUGGACGUACGUUGAAGCAAUAAUUCAAAAAGAAUAUACCGAUAUCAGUGCUCGCCUCAAGCUGAUAUCUCUUUAUUCCGAUCGAGGAGAGUUCAGGCUAGUCUAGUAGUAGUGGUGUCAUAUGAUUAACCUUGAAGCUUGAGCUUGAGCUUGAUCGAUUG